AGAGGAGGGAGGGCUGUACAGCGGUGGAUCAUGCUGAGAUUUGCUAUAAAUUGGAAGACAGACCCUCUGAAACAUCAAAGAGAAACCAGCACAUCAGCUGAAAGCCAUCAGAGGAGUUCGGCUCUUGAAGCAUUGCUUGAGGAUGGAAAGCAUUAAAAUGCUUCUGGUGCUGAUGUUGCUCUGUGCACAUGUUGAUUGCCAGCAAGAGACAUCACCCGAUGUCAAAAAGGAUUCCUGGAACAGAGGAGGCGGUGAGAAGUGGCAGCAGGAUGAUUUGCCAGAGGACAACCCGAUCGAUCAGUUUGCGCGCAUGGUGAAGAGAGCAAGAUAUGAAAAGUUCUACAGUUUAAUGGGCAAGCGCUCCCCUGACCCGAAACAGACAGAGUUUGUUGGUCGUAAAAGGCAAAAGGGGGAGAUGUUCAUCGGACUUAUGGGUAGACGGUCUGAUGCUGACCCGCUACCCGAACUGGAACUCUCCCCGUACUACAGCAGAAGACGCAAAUAAACCAUUGUUAAACGUGAAAUCCACCUCCAUGGCUCCUAACACCUGACCAUCUGGAAGACUGGGUAUUUAUUCUGGCAAAAUAGCCAGUCACCGUGUGAUGAAAAGAAACGCGCUUAAACUCCUUUGAACUUACCAAGCAUUAAAUCCUGAUGCGAAAACCCCCCCCCCACUUAAACCUUACGUAAUUUGUCUAUUUCAGCCUACGUAUUUCAUAUCUUGCCUAGACAUCCAAAUCAUUGAUCAACUGUGGUUUAUGAGUGUCAAAGUAUGAGCCUUCAACUAAUCGAGUUUGUAUUAAUUGUACUGUGUUUUUGAAAUUUACUUUGCUUUUGGGGAAAGUGGACAAGCUGUGUUCACAUCCCGGCAAUGAGCUAGACUCCGGAUUUCAUCUUUACUGCUGAUCUCACUAAUUGAGUUCGUCCCUGUUCAGUUACCAUCCUAGUUUGAAUGUUAUAUGGUCAAAAAUGUGGCUUUGACAACAUUUACAUAAUUAUAGCUGCAUAAAUAGCCAUGUCGGCGAGAGCUAAAAUGAUUCACAUGAUGGCACCUAUAUAACAAAUAAAAAUCUGUACUUUAAUUUACUUGGUACAAACCGCUAAUUUAUGUCACUUUCCACAUCAGGUGCCUGAGGCUUGCUAUUUCAUUCAGUCAGCCCCCCCUCUCAUAAAACCUUCAAAGAAAUGUCUACAGAUAAAUGUAUUAGUUAAUCAAGUUAACGGUUUUAUAGUAUGUCUGGU